AUGAAUACAUCGCAAAAUACGGCGACUACAGAUCGGAUAUUACCAAAGCCAUCGAAAUUCCUCGAACGAAUCGACAUGCACGAAAUACUCAUCGCUGAACAUUUGGCACAUCAAGGAAUUGAUUGCGAGCCUAAACAACUCUCUUCGCAGCAACCACAAAUCAACAACGUCCAGCAAGGCGACAAUUACAACAGCAGGUCAUUAUACGCUAAUCAACUUCAUGCCAACUCUCCAUAUGCCACCUCCCAGCUUGAUCGCCACGAGAACAGCCAAUUCAACUACUUCGAUGCGUCACUACUAUCACGACUAGAUCUUCCGUCAUUUUCUGGAAAUCUGAUCGAAUUCCCAGAAUUUUGGUCUCGCUACAACACACUCGUGCACUCGAAGACGUCAUUAUCUGGCGCAACGAAAUUCUCGCUUCUAAAAAGUUGUUUGAAAGGACGAGCACUGCAAUGCGUGGAAGGUCUACCAAUUACCGAUGGAGACUACAUCACUGCUGUCGACAUUCUCCAUAUGACAUACGACAAUCCGUGCGCUAUUCGCCAUCUCAUCUACACGCAACUUUCAAACCUUCCACAGUGCGAUGCCGAAGGAAAACAACUCCAAGACAUCUACCUCAAGAUGUUGCGCCUCGUCCGCCAAUACACCUCAAUCACACCAGGAUCGCCAGAAUAUGGACUGGGUGCUCUCCUCUACAACAAGCUGCCUAAAUUCGUCAAAGCGCGCAUCUACGAUAAAACCGGAGUCACUCUUACUACCACGUCUGGAAGAAACAAGAACAACUCUCUCCACGGAAAAACACGACAACUCUGCCACCAGCGAGCCAACGCAAUCCAACACAGUGCCCUUUUUGCAAACGGACCAAUCACAAUGCCUAUCAAUGCCGGAUUUUCUCGACCGCAUGAAGAAAGACGAACUGCCACCCGAAAAAAUAAAUUAUGUUUCAAAUGUCUCCGACCGGAUCACCGCACAACCUCCUGCACUCGCCCAGCCUGCUACUUAUGCAAUUACCACCAUCACCCAGCACUAUGCUUCAAAACGAAGGAUCUUCGGAGAACUUCGCAGGCGACAAAGGCAAACGAAUCCAACUUCCGUCAGAAUGUAGUUUCUUCCAGCAAAACUCAAGACGAUCGAAAAAGAUACUGGCAAUGGGACAACAAAAACGCUCGCCUCUCGAGACAACCACCACAAUCUACAUCAACAAGCAACACGAGAACGAUCAAUUUCUCCGUGGACACCGACAAAAACUAUCAGAAGGACGACAACGACAUCAGUCGCACAAUCGCCGAUCACACGAAUGCCGAACCAAGCUCAUCGUACGCAGCGGUGAUUCACUCCACAUCAACAAAGAGUAACAACCAGGACAGCGAUGACGAACAAGGAACUGGAGAACAAAUACUCCUGAUGUGUGCAAAAGUCACCCUCGCGAAUCCCGACGAUAUGACGAAGCAACUAAUCACCACGGCAUUCCUUGAUAGCGGAUCAUCACACUCAUACAUCACUUCAGACGUGGCUGAAUAUCUUCAACUUCGCAGUGUCGGUAACCAAAUAACACUCCACACGUUUGGAUCAAGAGAGCCACUGUCCGUCUCAUCGAGCCUUCAUAAAGUCAACAUGCUGCUUCCUGAUGCGACUCCUUACUCAUUGGACGUUCAAUCGCUACCACACCUCACCAAACCAUUGAUGGCCCCAUGCGAUCUUCAAACCGCACUACGCGAACUCUCCGACAACAUACCACUAUCUACGCAACCAGUCCACACAGGUAUUCUCAUUGGAAUGGAUCAUUUCUGGCAAUUAGUUCUUUCACCGCAAUUCUACUCUGUGCCCCUCCCGAGUGGAUUUCACUUACUCAACACGCGACUGGGACAGAUGAUCAGUGGCAAGAAAAUGUCCACUCGCACAAUCAACAUAGCAGUUCGCGACGAUCCUGAUCAUCCAUUCAACAAAGACGCACUCGACAAAAUGGUUGAACGCUUUUGGACUUGUGAGUCUCUCGGAACUCCUAACGAAGCUAGCUCAAAAGAUGACAUUAUCUGCCUCGACUUCUUUAAUAACACCACUCGUUAUGAUGAGGACGAAUGCCGUUACUAUACACGACUCCCUUUCAAAAGUGAACCACCAGAGGUACCAGAGAAUUUCCAAUACAGCCUCUCCUGCUUACGAUCAAAUUGGAAAACACUCUCAAAGGAUCCCGAACACUUACGAAAAUACCACGCCAUAAUUCAAGACCAAAUUCAACGAAGCAUCAUCAAAGAAGUUCCUCUCUCGGAAACCGACUCACCAGGUACAUUUUUAUCACAUCAUGCAGUUAUUCAGCAAUCGAAGAAGACGACUAAAAUACGACUGGUCUACAAUGGUAGCGCAAAAAAACUAUUCCAAUCGGCAGGAAUGAAUGUCAGAGAAUGGGCAACCUCCAAUAAGCACGUGAGUAUUACAAUCGAACAAAAUGAGAGCUGUAACAUGGACACGACUGUGAAGCUUCUGGGUAUUCCAUGGAACACGACAAAUGACACAUUGACGAUCUGCAUGCCAACGGUUCUCGACAAACCUUCACAUCAGCAGCAGUGGAACAGCAUCAUAGACUCCUGGACAGUCCAAUCCAUCGAAAUGCCGCGAAAACUCUUCUCAGGGCCACAAAAUCAGUCGUCAACGCAACUUCACGUGUUUACUGAUGCGUCGCAAAACGCAUACUGUGCAGUCGCAUAUAUGAGAACAAAAAUGGACGGACACAUCGAUGUCAAGUUACUGAUGGGCCGAACGAGAUUAGCUCCACUUCACAACGCAGUCACCAUUCCUCGUCUCGAACUAAGUGCCAUGACUCUAGGAUCCACGCUCAUGAAACAUAUCACGAAAGAAAUGGGCAUUCAUUUCAACGAACGAUAUCUUUGGUCGGACUCUAAAGCCGCACUCCAGUGGACGAAAGCCACUACGAGACUUCCUGUUUUUAUCCAGAAUCGAGUAAAAGCCAUCAAAGCAAAUGCAGCUGAUGCUAUCCUACGCCAUGUGCCCUCAACUUCGAAUCCAGCUGACGUUGGAACGCGAGGAACAACCAUUGAAGCUCUCCUCCAAGAAGAUCAGUGGUGGAACGGUCCUUCUUUUCUCAAGCUAGAGGAAGAACAAUGGCCUAAGGACAAGAAUGAAGACAUCACAGUUUGCGACGAUGGUAUUGUUUGCCCUGCAAUAAGUGCACCACUCCAGAACCCAACGAAUCUUCUCAUCGAGAACCCUACCAAGUUCAGCAGUUGGAAGAGACUCCUGAGAACGAUAGUCACAGUGUUCACCUUCAUCUUCAACAUCAAUAAAAGCAUUGCUAAGAAAAAAGGAAGGAAUCUCACAAUGCCGGACCAUGUUAACAAAGCGACGCUAGCUCUAUUCCAUCAAGCACAGAUCCGUCACCCUCUCUCCGACGAUCAAAAACGAACUCUUCACGCAUUUUUCGAUGAAGACACAAGACUAUGGAGGUCCAAAGGACGAACAACAAAUUCAACUCUGUCGUAUGAUGCAAACAACCCGAUUAUUCUUCCACGCAAGGAAUGGAUUACAUGGCUCUACAUUCUUCACAGCCACCAAGAGAACCACCACACUGGCGUAUCACAAACUCUCACAACGCUUCGACAACAUGUGUGGAUCCCACAAGGCCGAACAGAGGUUAGAAAAGUCAUAAACAGACUUUGUUUAUACUGCAAAAGGGAAAAAGCAACACCGUUUCGUCUUCCACCAUUCCCCGACUACCCUCUGCAGCGAGUAGUCCAACCGCUUCAUCCAUUCACCAAUUGUGGCGUUGACUAUGCAGGACCAUUUACGACAAAAUUCAACAACGAAGAAAUUAAGGUCUGGAUAGCCUUGUUCACGUGUUUGAACACACGUGCAGUAUACAUCGACAUAGCCACCAGUCUAAGUGCGUCAUGUUUCUUGAAUAUCCUUCGUCGAUUCAUUUCCUGUAACGGACGUCCGAAAUGGAUCCUCUCAGACAACGCCUCCGCCUUCGCAUCUGUUGCCAGCGUACUGUCUCCACUUCUGACGGAAGAGGACAAGAAUCUGUUUGAUUACUGCGCUCACCACAACAUUAAAUUCAAAUUCAUACCAGCUCUCGCGCCUUGGCAAGGCGGUGUAUACGAGCGCAUGAUCAAGAUCUUCAAGUCUUCAUUCAAAGCAGCUAUCAGAAACAACAAAGUGGAACUGGAUGAAUUCACCACCUUAGCAAAGGAAUGCGAAGCAGUUGUAAAUUGUAGACCAAUCACUUACGUUUACAACGAUAUCGACUCCGGCUAUCCACUACGACCAGUAGAUUUUCUAAAGCCAUUCGCACUAUUGGGAUCUCCUCGACUUCAGCAAGAAUACGACACCGACGACGAAUGGACAACAAGAACGACGACAGCAGAUGAUUUAUACCAAAGAUGGACGUUCACCUUAGACCUACUCAACAAAUUCUGGAAGCGAUGGCACGAUGAAUAUCUUACGAGCCUCAGAGAACAGUACCAGCGAGAGCAUCAUCAAGCUCACCUUCUAUCAUCAGAGACCCCUCAAAAGGAUCAUAUCGUUCUUAUCCACGAUGCCAACAAACCAAGAGGUCAGUGGAAGCUAGCUCGUAUUAUUGAUUCAUCGGACCACUGUGCAACGCUUAAACUUCCUAGCGGAAACGUUACUACAAGACCAUUCAACCUAUUGUAUCCACUAGAAGUAGCACCAUCGACAGCAACACAUUCUGAAAAACAUGGAGAAAAAACGAAGAACACAGCACCUGCUUCUUCGGAAAGAUACUUCUCACCCUUACUUUCGCCCAGAUUAACUCCUACACCCCGCCAAAAACCCGCUGCACGUCACGACCGCAAGACGAUCAACCAAAUCAUCUACGCAGACCAGUGCACACCACGAGGAAUAGCCGUUGCAACAUCCACACUAACGGAAAACCAUCAAUCGUUCUGUUGGUUGCAGCUAACAUGUCCUGUUGGACACAUACGAAUCCCUAUACCACAACUUCCGAAUACAGGAUUUUGCGGAAAAGAAUGCAGCUGCCCAAGUUGGACGACCUCUUGCAGUGCGUAUAAUGGACGACUAGCCAAGGACUCUACCCUUGCGAAAACUCCAUUCAACAUUGCACAUUUCAUUCCUCCCCACGUCUGCUCAUUCACGCCAGCCGCACAUUGCUCGAAGCACAGCAAACUCGGAGUUUUCUAUCAAAUUCAACUCUAUGAUGACACUCUCAUUCUCGUACCCGAGCUACAUAUCAAAUCAGUGGAAUUUCAAGACAAAAAUGACUACUACUGUUUCGAUCAUGCAGGAAACGAACUCAACGGCUUUCGCUUUGCCACGAAACGGACUGGAACACCCGCAUUUUGCCGAAGACACCCGUGUGUUGAUCCAGACGAUGCAAGAAUGUUCUGCACAUAUUCGACCCCAACGACAUCAUACUAUUCCAACGACUCUUCCAUCCUCAUAAAAGCAUGGGGAACAACGACGCGGACCUAUUACCCGCAUAAGGAAACUUCACUGGACACAUCAAAACCGCACUUCACUAUCCCACAAUGCACGUCAGGCGGACUGCUCAUCGACACUACGGAGAAAUACGACAUGAUCGAAAUUUGCAGCGAUUUCAUAUGCAUAUACAUCUCCAACUACAUCAGCAAGUCAAAGAUCUUCCUACCCACUUCUAUCGUACUAUUCGACUAUGUUAUCACGAUACAGUCAUGGAUCAACGGAACUCGACAACUCCAUACAAACCUCGAAUGCAAAGGAAAACCCAUUUGUGAAGUCUUGGAUUGCAUCAUUUGCUGGGAACACAUAUACAACCUGCAUUGCUGGACAAUCACCGAAAUCAUCACGAUUGAUAUCACCAUUCUAUAUUUGCCUUUGGUGGCUCAUCAACAGAAUCGGUCGUCUUAUCAGAAGAUCGACGUGCUCAAUAUGGAAUGCCGCCGCCGCCAAUACACGCUUCCACAAUUUCCUUCCUACAGAAAGGAAUCACGUCAAAGAUUCAUUCGAACCGCCUCAACAGUCACUCUUUUGGCUACAUUCGUCCAAAUAUCAUCAUCGUGCUCAGAUAUCGUCAGCAUAACAAGCAAAUCCCACAACUGCGAAUUCAAUGAGACUGCUGAGAUAUGCACAGUAAACCAAGCAGUCAUACUUCAUCUCCAACCUAUCGGCCAGGAGUCAUGCCUCCUCUUACGAGACUCCAAGGAUAACCCUGCAGGAACCAUCCAUCUUCGACUGAACAGCGUUGUUUAUACAUGUCAGCAGAAAACCCACUUCUUCACCCGCGAUCACAGUUUUCACGUGGAGUCAAACCAUCAAUGCUGGGGAACUUACAGCUGUACCGGUGCAACAUGCAAAGGGACGACAAUUCGAUCGAAAAUCCCGGAAAUCAGUCGGAAUGCGAACAAAAGACCAGGUUUCACAUACUGCGCACCGAGUUGUAAAUGUCUGUGGUGCGAUUGGUGCUUUUGGUGCAAAGAAACUUGCAUUUUCUACCGGAAUUACGCAGAACCCGAAUCCUCAACGAUUUACAGAGUGUUCAGCUGUCCGACUUGGCCCAUUACAGUUUCGGGAAUAAUCACAAUUACAAUGCAUCAACAACAACAAUCUCAUCAGUCCCUCCUACAGCCUGCAACACCGUAUCGCUGGAAUGAUAUUCAACUUGCUCUA